AUGCUAUUUUAUGUAUUGCAUUUUCGCUACACAUGUUGUACAAUAUCUGUGUCAUCAUCAUCAUCAUCAUCAUCAUCAUCAUCAUCAUCAUCAUCAUCAUCAUCAUCAUCAUCAUCAUCAUCAUCAUCAUCAUCAUCAUCAUCAUCAUCAUCAUCAUCAUCAUCAUCAUCAUCAUCAUCAUCGUCAUCAUCAUCAUCAUCGUCAUCAUCAUCAUCAUCAUCAUCGUUAUCAUCAUUGUAA